AUGAACGUCCUCAUCUUCGGAGACCAAACCGCCGACCAGUACCCGCUCCUGCGGAAAGCUUGCACCUGGAAGAACAACUCCACCCUGACCACUUUCCUCGACAGAGUCAGCCAAGUUGUUCGUGAAGAGGUACAGAAGCUGCCACGAACUCAGCGAGACCAAAUUCCCAACUUUCUGACAACAUGGGACCUUAUCGAAGCAUACUAUGCGAAGGGACUCAAGGUCACCCAGCUUGAGAGCUGUAUGGUCACCAUUGCGCAAUUGGCGCAUUACAUUGGAUACUACGCCGAGAACCCAUCAGACUUGCAAAAUGCCGCGAACACACGCGUGGUCGGUCUUUGCACUGGUCUGCUCGCUGGUUCAGUCGUCGCGUCCGCAAGAUCGCUGAGCGAGCUUCUGCCGCUCGCCACUGAGGCUGUCCGCAUUGCUUUCCGUACCGGCACCGUUGUCAGCGCUGCAAAGGAAGCAUUGGAGCAAGCUUCUGCCACCAAGGAGGCCUGGUCCACCAUCGUGACCAACAUGACUGAGAAGGCCGCCAAGGAUGCUAUCGCCGCGUUCCACGAGGAGCAGCGAACACCGGUCUUGGCGCAAGCCUACAUUAGCGCCGUUAGCACCAUGGCUCUAACCAUCAGCGGUCCGCCAGCCACCACCAAGCGUCUACUCCAGGGUGACGCAUUCAAGGGCUGCGCCCGUGUAGCAAUUCCCGUCUACGCUCCUUACCACGCUGCGCAUCUCUACGCCGAGGCCGACAUCGACCAAAUUCUCGACAAAGAUGCCAUCAGGCAUUUGCAACAAUUCCGCCCGCUGUCAUUGGUACACUCUGCUUCCACCGGAAAGUGCCAUACUGCUACCAGCACAUUGGACCUUAUUCGUACCGCUCUGACCGAAAUCCUUGUAGAGCCGGUUCGUUGGGACAAUUUGCUUACAGAGGUUGUCUCUCAGGUUACUGCUACGUCUAGCCAAGACUGCUCGGUGUCUGCUAUCGGCGUCACCACAAUCACCAACAGCCUCGUUUCUGCGCUGAGGAACGGUGGACAGUCUUCGAUCACAGCUCGCGAUCACACUACCUGGGUGGCUGCUGAGCAUGAUAGCCGUGGCCGUACUCAGAAUGACAAGAUUGCCAUUGUCGGCAUGUCGGGCCGUUUCCCUGGAGCCGCCAACCCUGACGCCCUCUGGGACCUUCUCGAGAAGGGCUUGGACGUUCACCGUGAGGUGCCUGCCGACCGCUUCGACGCAAAGGCCCACUGCGACCCCACUGGAAAGGGCAAGAACAAGAGUCACACACCGUUUGGCUGCUUCAUCGAUGAGCCUGGUCUAUUCGACCCUCGCUUCUUCAACAUGUCUCCUCGUGAGGCUGCUCAGACUGAUCCCAUGGGUCGUCUUGCCUUGACCACCGCAUACGAGGCGUUGGAGAUGUCUGGAUACGUGCCUAACCGCACUCCUUCGACCAAGCUUGAGCGCAUCGGUACCUUCUACGGUCAAACUUCCGAUGACUGGCGUGAGAUCAACGCCGCUGAGAACAUUGACACCUACUUCAUCACUGGUGGUGUACGAGCCUUUGCGCCAGGUCGCAUUAACUACUACUUCAAGUUCUCCGGUCCAUCCUACAGCAUCGACACUGCUUGCUCGUCUUCGCUCGCCGCUAUUCAGCUGGCCUGCACUUCCCUAUGGGCUGGUGACUGCGACACUGCUUGUGCCGGUGGAUUGAAUGUUCUUACCAACCCCGACAUUUUCUCCGGUCUUAGCAAAGGUCAAUUCUUGUCAAAGACUGGUAGCUGCAAGACGUACGACAACGAUGCAGAUGGUUACUGCCGUGGUGAUGGUUGUGGUUCAGUCGUUCUCAAGCGUUACGAGGACGCCAUUGCGGACAAGGACAACAUCCUUGGGUGCAUUCUGGGAGCCGCUACCAACCACAGUGCCGAAGCUGUCUCUAUCACUCACCCGCACGCUGGAGCCCAAGAAUACCUCUACAACAAGGUUCUCUCCAACGCCGGUGUAGAUGCCCAUGACAUCAGCUACGUUGAGAUGCACGGAACUGGUACUCAGGCUGGUGACGGUAUCGAGAUGACCUCUGUCACCAAUGCCUUUGCCCCUCGCCACCGCCAGCGUCGUCCUGAACAGACCCUUCACCUGGGUGCUAUCAAGGCCAACAUUGGUCACGGAGAAGCUGCUUCAGGUAUCAACUCCUUGGUCAAGGUCUUGAUGAUGAUGAAGAAGAACGCUAUCCCUGCCAAUGUUGGUAUCAAGGGCGUUAUGAACAAGACGUUCCCUAAGGAUCUCGGCCAGCGAAACGUUCACAUCUCAACCACCCAGGUUCCAUGGCCUCGCAACGGUGCUGAGAAGCGCAAGAUCUUCCUGAACAACUUCUCCGCUGCCGGUGGUAAUACGGCCGUCAUCCUUGAGGAUGCUCCUCUUCCGGAGGCACCUAAGGGUGUUGACCCGCGCACCAUGCACAUGGUGACAGUGAGCGCUAGGUCUAUCUCCUCGCUCAAAAAGAACAUCAACAACUUGAUGCAGUUCCUUGAUGACACCCCGGAUGUUACUCUCCCUAGCUUGGCCUACACCACGACAGCUCGCCGCAUUCAGCACAACUACCGCGUCGCAUUCUGUGUGUCCGAUAUCUCCAAGGUCAAGGACGGUCUCCAGGCUCAGAUCAAGGACACCUACAGCCCUCUGCCCAUGGUCCCAACCAAGACGGCCUUCACCUUCACCGGUCAAGGCUCGCAGUACACAGGCCUCGGACAGAAGCUGUACGAAGACCUCGAGACCUUCAGGAUCGACAUCGACCAGCUUGACAAGCUCGCGCGCCUGCACGAUCUGCCUUCUAUCCUGCCCAUCUUGACAGGUGCAGAUGUCGCGACACUCUCCCCAGUCGUCGUUCAACUUGGCAUGGCCUGCAUCCAGGUUGCCCUUGCCCGCAUGUGGGCCUCAUGGGGCGUCAAGCCUGUGGCUGUCAUCGGUCACAGCCUUGGUGAAUAUGCGGCCCUUCACGUUGCUGGUGUCAUCUCCGCCAGCGACAUGGUUCUCAUGGUCGGCCGUCGUGCUCAGAUCCUCGAGAAAGAGUGCACCGCCUACACCCACGGUAUGCUCGCCGUCAAGGGCAGCGUUGAUGCCAUCAAGGCUGCCCUUGGCGACGAGAUGACCGAGAUCGCCUGCAUCAACGGCCCCGAAGAGACUGUUCUUUGCGGCACUGUUGCCGUUGUUGACUCCACGAACGAAGCUCUCGCGUCCAAGGGCUUCAAGGCCACGAAGUUGAAUGUGCCGUUCGCAUUUCACUCUGCCCAGGUGGAGCCUAUCCUUGAGAGCUUCAAGGCGGCGGCCGCAUCUGUAACCUUCAACGCGCCCGUCAUUCCAGUCAUGUCGCCUCUUACCGGUGAGAUCAUCCGCGAGGCUGGCAUCAUCGGCCCCGACUACCUUGCUCGCCAUGCCCGCGAGACAGUCAACUUCUGCACUGCUCUCACUACUGGUCAGGAUAGCAAGCUCUUCGACGCUAAGACUGCUUGGCUCGAAGUUGGCGCCCAUCCUGUUUGCAGUGGUAUGGUCAAGUCUUCGCUCGGUGGAUCUCCUGUCGCUGCAGGAUCUCUCCGUCGCAACGAGGAUCCAUGGAAGACACUGUCCAACAGCAUCACUACUCUCUACCUUGCUGGUGUCUACUUCGACUUCAACGAGUACCACAGGAUGUUCAACGAUGCCCAUGAGAUGUACACCCUUCCCACUUACGCUUUCGACUCCAAGAAGUACUGGCUCGACUACCACAACAACUGGACCCUUACCAAGGGCGAGGUUCUUGAGGCCCCUGCUCCUGUCAAGGCCAUUGAAGCUGCGCCAGCUAUGGAGGCUCCAUCCAAGUUGUCCACCACAUCUUGCCACAGGAUCGUGCGCGAAGAUCUUCAAGCCAACUCUGGUACUGUCGUCGUACAAUCGGAUCUCUCUGAUCCCAAGCUGAAGGCCACCAUCACUGGUCACCAGGUCAACGGCACUCCUCUUACGCCCUCGUCCCUGUAUGCCGACCAGGCCAUGACUGUCGCUGACUACCUCUACCAGCAGCUUCGUCCUGGUAUGACCACUCCUGGACUGAACGUCUGCGCUAUGGAGGUCACCAAGACUCUCAUUCCACAGUAUCCUCCUCCAGCCAGUGGUCAGCACUUGCAGAUCGAGGGUAACGCGGAUCUCGAGACUGAUGAAGUCAAGAUCACUUUCCGCACUGUCUCUGCUGAUGGCGCCAACGUUCUCGCUGAGCACGCUGUCGGUAUUGUCAAGUAUGAAGACAUCAACUCUUGGAAGGAGGAGUGGGGUCGCAUUCAGUACAUGGUGCAGGCUCAGAUCAACAGCCUUGAGCAGAAGCUCCAAACUGGUGCAGCCCACAAGGUCCUUCGCGGCAUGGCUUACAAGCUCUUCAAGGCUCUUGUCACGUACGCUGACAACUACCGCGGUAUGGAGGAAGUCAUCCUUGACGGUAAGGAGACUGAGGCCACCGCUCAAGUUCAGUUCCAGACUACCGCUGCCGAUGGAGAGUUCUUGUGCUCACCUUACUGGAUCGACUCGCUUGCCCAUCUUUCCGGUUUCAUCGUGAACGCUUCUGAUCACCUCGACUCCGAGAACUCUGUCUACAUCUCCCACGGCUGGGGAUCCAUCAAGAUCGCCGGAAAGCUCUCACCCGAGAAGAAGUACCGCUCCUAUGUUCGCAUGCAGCCCGCUCCUGGCAACGUUUCUGUCGGUGACGUUUACAUCAUGGAUGGCGCUGAGAUCAUUGGUAUGGUCAUGGGUCUCAAGUUCCAGAACAUUCCUCGUCGCGCUCUCAACAUCAUGAUGCCCCCUUCUGGCAAGGCUGUCGCUGCUCCCGCUAGUAAGGCUGUCGCUAAGCCUACCCCGAAGGCAUCCCCUGCUGCCGCACCUGUCAAGACCAAGCCCGCCGCUGCCAAGCCGGUGGCUAAGCCUGUCAAGGCUGUGAAGGCCCCCAAGGUCGCUGCUCCUGCUGGCGUCACUUCCAAGGUCAUGAAGAUUAUCGCCGAGGAGAUUGACGUUGACAUGUCUGAGCUUGUCGAUCAGGCUGCUUUCGAGAACCUCGGCGUCGACUCCCUUCUGUCCCUGACCAUCUCUGCCAGGUUCCGUGAGGACCUUGACAUGGACAUUCCUUCUACCCUCUUCACUGACUGCUCCACCGUUGGGGAGUUGAAGCAGCACUUCUCGCAGUAUGACGGCGCCGUCGUUGUCGAGGAUGACGCGUCCGAAUCUUCCGAUGAUUCCUCUACUCCCUUUGAGGAUGCCACCGACGAGAACGAUGACACUCCGGCUAGCUCCACUGGCAGCGAUGCUGACGAGGAAGAGAUCAAGCCGUCCGCUAUCCUUGCUGAGGGUGGCGCCAGCCUUGCUCGCAAGCUCGUCGCUGAGGAGAUGGGUGUCGAUGUUUCCGAGAUCACUGACGACCUCGACCUUACUGAUAUCGGCAUGGACUCCUUGAUGAGUCUUACCAUCCUCGGCUCUAUGCGCGAGGCUACCGGUCGCGAUCUCCCCGCUGAUUUUCUCACCGUCAAUGUCACUAUCAAAGACAUCGAGACUGCUCUUGAUAUGCGCCCCAAGCCCCAGCAGCAGACGAAGACUGCGAAGCCCGCUGCUAAGGUUUCGACCCAGUCCCCACAGCUCGCUGAGGUGAACAAGAAGCUCUCAUCGCUGCCCGACGUCUCCCACCUUCCUCCUGCCACUUCUGUCCUCCUCCAGGGCAACCCAAAGGUCGCCACCAAGAAAUUCUUCCUGGUUCCUGAUGGGUCUGGUAGUGCGACCAGCUACAUCUCCAUCCCCAACAUCUCUCCUGACAUGGCUGUGUACGGACUUAAUUGCCCGUUCAUGAAGUGCCCUGAGAAGUGGAGUUGUGGUGUUGAGGGUGUCUCCCGCCUCUACCUCUCAGAGAUCAAGCGCCGUCAGCCUCAGGGCCCAUACCUCGUCGGCGGGUGGUCCGCUGGUGGUGUCAUGGCCUACGAGGUAGCUCAGCAACUGGUCAACUCUGGCGAGAAGGUUGAGAACCUCGUCCUCAUCGAUGCUCCCUGCCCUGUUGCUCUUGACCCACUUCCCGCUCGUCUCCACAUCUUUUUCGAUCAGAUAGGUCUUCUCGGUACCGGUAAGCCCGGUGGUACUCCUUCGUGGCUCCUGCCUCACUUCGCGUCCGCCAUCCAAAACCUCAAGGACUACGACCCGAAGCCCAUGGACCCCAAGAUUGCGCCUCCUGUUCUUGCCAUCUGGUGUACAGAUGGUGUUUGCCCCAACCCUGAGGACCCCCGUCCCCCACCAGGUGAGGGAGAGGACCCAGCUCCUAUGAAGUGGCUGCUCAACAAUCGUACCGACUUCUCGGACAACGGUUGGGCACAGCUCCUCCCCAAGGAGAACUUCCAGUACGCGGUCAUGGGCGGCAAUCACUUCACUAUGAUGAAGGGCGAACACGGUGCCACACUAGGCAAGCUCAUCCAGCAAGGUCUCAAGCUAUAG